CCAACUCAACUAGAUCCCACACAAUGUCCUCAUUCUUGAAAUCCGCCAACUCAUUGAAGCCUUUGUUCGACCGUGUCUUGGUCCAAAGAUUGAAGCCAGCCACUAAGACUGCUUCUGGUAUCUACAUCCCAGAAAAGAACCAAGAAAAGUUGAACCAAGCCACCGUCAUUGCCGCUGGUCCAGGUAUCACCAACACCACCACCGGUCAAGUCAUCCCAACAUCCGUCAAGGCCGGUGACAAGGUUUUGUUGCCAUCUUUCGGUGGUAACCCAGUCAAGAUUGGUGAAGAAGAAUACUUGUUGUACACCGACAAGGAAAUCUUGGCUACCAUUGAAAACUAGAGAAAGCUAGAUGGUCCGCCGGGUCCUUCCCAUAUGUUAUUUAAUAUAGUUCUUGUAAAUAUACAAAGUAAAAAAGAAAGA